GGCGACAUCACUUCGCUGGACUGGGUCGGACAAUCGUCCGAGUUCAAUAGUUGCCUUCCGGCCGACAUCAUCUCAUAUGCGGCCCCGCCAUGCUCCCUACCAUCAUUGUCUGAAGAUGAGAUUCAGACAGCGGUCUCUUCGUUGCGAAACAUUGUGCCUGUGGAUUCAGCUUCGAAGUUGUAUAACAUGCUCGAGAACAUGAAUGCUCCCCUCUUCGCCAACUGCAGACUCCGUCUGCCUUGCAUCGCAUUCCGUGUCACGGAAGUCAAACGAAGGCGGGGUCCCACUGCUCAUUCCACGUAUGGAGUGAAAGCAGAUGGGCUUCAAGACUUGCUGAUCAUCACAGACGAGACCCUAAUUCAAUUCUCGCGCGCAAGGCCCACUCAGCAGACGUUCUUUCUUGUCCGUCCAUGGGACCGUCGUCUCCUCGGGCUGCCUGAUUUUUCAGAGCAGCUCACCUUUGCAGACGAAGGGGAGAGCGUAGGGGAUUGGUCCGAGUCCCAGUCUGAAUUGGACGGCGCUGACGAGUCGUCCAUCAACUCACAUGGAGAAGAGGAGUUGUCAGUUGACUCGGAUGUUCACUCACGAUCAUUGCGUUUGAUAGUUCACCUUGGGCAGGCUUUCCGCGCACUUUUGGUAGCGCAGCAACACGUUGGAGAAUACAAGAGGGUCGCGUCGGACCAAUAUAUCAUUGCGCAGGUGAAAAACCCGGCUUCGAUUGACAUCAUGAACAUCAGGACCCUAGACAUAUUGUAGCUGAAUGGUUUUU